AUGUCUACGACAUUCGAAAGCUUCAUCCAGGAGCCUAACAAUAGUGCUCUAUUGGGGAGACUACCCUACAAUGACGUUGUGUUGCAACAGACUCGCACCACUAUCGUUAAAAACUGGCCCAUCCAUACCACUCUGCUUCUAAUUGGUCGUACCAAGGAAGCAGGGAGAGAUGUGGAGGUUUACGCCUGUAUCAGUCAAAACCCGAAGCCUAAGAAUGACCUCCCUGAUGUCUAUUACAGCACUCUAGGCAGUGACGGAUACCUUGAUACAAGAAUAACAAAGGACGCUCUCUUUUCCGACGACAAUUUCAGGUUCGACAAGAUCUUUGGUACCAACAAGCCCUCCCACGCUCAACUCCCUCAUGUGGCCAAGUACCAUCUCCUUUGGAGUUUGUCUCGUCAAGGCAGACAACUAUCGUCCCAGAUCAGACUCAACGCAACAUUUAAGUCAUUUGUUCUCAGCUAUUGCAAAGUAUUUCCUGUGGUCAGCCGGGCCACACGCCCUGAGGUCUUCUCUCCGUUUCAGGCCAGCACACCUAGCAAUACAUUCUCCAACAGGCAGACUCCCUCGACUUCCAUGGAAGGUAUGAUGAAGCUCAAACGUCCUUUACAAAUCACUGGAUUUUAUGCUGAUUCCGACCAAGGUAAACGUCUCGGUCCUAGCAAUACCGCCAACGACAACGCUGCAAGCUCUUCCUUUGUCUUUGCAACACCACAAGGAGUCACAGACUACACACCCUCUCAGCAUCGUCAAAUCCGUGAAAGCACGCAAACAAUGAACUCCGAAACUCCGCCGUUGAUGCGACUACUCGGAGCAAAGUGUAGAAUCUCGGGAGCGAUUGAGGCUGGAGAGAAAAAAGACAAGAUGAUGUGUGAAGAGAUCACGGUCACGCACGAAGUGAUCAAGGCUGCUCAGGAAGAGAUCAAGUCUAUCCAAGAAAAAAUUGAUUCUAUGCAAAAGAAGAUCAUGUCUUUGCAUGAAGGACGAAAUGAGCUCAAGAAGGAGCAGGCGGCGCAUCACGAGAAUUACGAAACUCUCAACGAGGAGGAAAGGAAGCUUUGGUCUACGCUGCCAGAUAAAGAGCGGACUCUGUAUGAGAUGAUCAGAAGGACGAGUAACAUCGACAACCAGAAGCAGGAGGAGAAGCGUCGCAAGGGCAGCCUAUGA